UUGGCCGCUGAUGACGUGGAAAGUAACGAUGAUUCAAAGUAUCCAUCCGGCGCUCGGCGCAUCGCUGUCUGCUUGACGUUAGCCCUCGCGCUGUUUCUGCCUAUGCUUGACGAAACGAUCGUAGCAACAGCCGUUCCAACAAUCACAAACCACUUCCACUCCUUGUCAGAUGUCGGCUGGUAUGGAUCUGCCUAUCUCAUCGCGAACGCGACUUUACAACUUCCCUGGGGGCAGGUCUUUACAAUUUUCUCAGUUCGAGGGAGUUUUCUCGUCUCAAUUGCGGUAUUUGAAAUUGGAUCUCUCAUUUGCGCUCUUGCUCCGUCCUCGCUAGCGCUCAUCCUGGGGAGAGCCGUGGCAGGCAUAGGUUGCGGCGGGAUUGUAGUGGGCGUGUACACAUACCCUUCCUUUGAAACUCCGCCCAGCUAUGAUCGGGGCACUUGGAAUUACAUCAGGCAUCGCGUCAGGAUGCGGCCCAGUCAUGGGGGGUUUUUUAAAACCCGCUUGACGUGGCGCUAUUGUUUCUGGAUUAAUCUUCCAUUUGGAUUUGUUGCUGCUGUGUCAACAUUGGGCUUCAUACCGGCGUCAAAGGACCGCGAUACGCGACCGACAAUUCUUCAGCGCAUCAAGUCUUUUGACUCGAUGGGCAUGGCACUGUUGAUAUCAGGGCUAACAUCUUUCUUGCUCGCACUUGAGCUUGCAGGAACGGAGUAUCACUGA